AUGCCUCUCCCGAAAGGCCUCCCGAUUCAUUUCGGCCCCUUCCUCGUCACCCCACAGGUCUUCCACACGACGCCUCUAAGCUUUGCCCUUGUAAAUCUGAAGCCUAUUCUUCCCGGCCAUGUCCUAGUCUCCCCGCGCCGAGUCGUCCCCCGUGUCUCCGACCUAACACCCCCCGAGGCAGCCGAUUUAUUUUUAACGGUGCGGCAUGUCGGCCGAAUGAUUGAGCGCGUUUACGGGGCGUCUAGUCUGAAUAUUGCGAUUCAGGAUGGCGCUGAGGCGGGGCAGAGCGUGCCGCAUGUGCAUGCGCAUAUUAUUCCGAGGAAGAAGAGGGAUCUGAAUAGUACCGAUGAGAUUUAUGAUAAGUUAGAUGGGGAGGAAGGGGAUUUGGCGCGGGGACUCAAGGGAAGGCAAGGGGAUGAUAGGGAGAGGUUGCGGGUUGAUGAUGAAGAGAGGGUUGCGAGGGGCCCAGAGGAGAUGGAGGCGGAAGCGAUCAUGUUGGCGCGAGAGAUGGAGAAGGAGCCUCUUGAUUGA